ACCAGAAGCACUUGUUGGAUUUUGUUGAAGACAUAUUUGAAAAACUGUUUUCACAGACAUGUCAAGGAAAGUUAUUGUGGUGUUUGCACUGCUGGUUGCACUGCUGCCACCCUCUGCAGCUGGAGACGCCGAAGGCACUCCUCUCCUGCAGCAGCUUCUAGCCAAGACGGAGAAGGCGAGAGGCACCGCGGGCGGAAUGGAGACGGUGCCUCGGGCCCCUUCAGCACGCGCGGAGAGACGGGCACACCUAUCGGAGGACGAGCGGGAGAUCAUGACAAAACAAAUAAUGCAAGCAAUCUCAGAGAUGAGGAACUCUGAGUGCAUGUCAGAUCGGGACUACCAGGGCUGGGUGGACUUUGGACGCCGGGACGCAGAAUGAGCCACAGCGAGCUGACAGCUCAGGAUUCCUGCUUUUUGGUCACGUUUUAUUGAAAGCCCAUGUUCUACUUCCACUGCAACUCUAUGAAUAAAACUGUUCUGCAGAA